AUGCCUAAGCAGGUGUCAAUACAGUUGACCCCAUUACGCUCUUGUCUCGCUAAUCUUCCAGCUGCUUGGUCAAACUCGCUGCUUGACCAAAAAAAGGUUCCGCAAAAUGUCAUUCUGGAGUUGAGUUGGAAGGAAGGAGAGAAUACAAAGAAGGUCUACGUGGGAUGGUCUGGAGAGUCUUCCAAGGUGCCUGCUAAUGCUCCUUUUGUGAAUGGAGGAAAGCCGAUGGACAUCUUGGAACUGGAUCCACAAUUCGCACAGGCCAUCGGAAUAACAAACGGCCAGAAGGUAUCCGUCGAUUUCUGUCGCAACACACCUGAGUGCGACACCGUCAAUGUAGAGCCUUACACGGAAGACGAUUGGGAAAUAUUGGAAUUACAUGCUGGCUACGUGGAGGAGAAUUUGCUAAGCCAGUUGCGAGUGGUAUACCCUAAUCAACUUAUCACUAUUUGGAUCCACGGUCGCACGCUAGUGAGGUUACAAAUUGGCGAUAUGAGUCCCAAGGUUCCUUAUACGAAGCUUACCAACAAUUCUGAAGUCAUUGUGGCUCCAAAAGUGCGCAACACCAACCCCAGUGGAUCAGAUGAAUCCACUGCUAUCAAUGAUUUGAAGAAACAACAGACUUCACCACAUGUCUGCCUUCGAACACUCCCCAAAAACUUCAUCAAGCAAUCUUGCGCUGGUAUGGAAAUCCAUGUGCAUCCCGAUUCAGCUGAAGCUAUCAAGGAUUGUGUACAUGUUCGAGUAACCAAAGUUAUUCCUGCUUAUGCUCAAAACGACAAGCAAUCCAAUACCCAGCAACAACCAGAGGAUGAAAAGGAGAGCGAUUCUUCAUCUACUGAGAAGGCUAGAGCUACCUUUGCCAACGUAGUGCUUGACCGAACCGUUCCUGAAAGUCACGUCUACUUGGACCCAGUCACAUGUACAACACUGGGCAUCAAAGCUUACGAUAUUGUCAAGCUAUCUGUGAUCGCUAUCAAGCCAAUAACACCAACUAGCUUGAUCGUCAGAAGCAUCACAUCAAAAGCAACAACUUCAAAUCUAAAGCUCGGUUUAGGUGCAAACCAUAACGAUGAGAUAAAGGGUGCUGAUUUGAUCUCCUCAAUUAAAGUCAGUUCAUUUACCGUGCAUCUAUCAGGAAAACUUCUCGAAGGAACUGCCGACAGCAUCGUCCUUACCAACAACUCUUGUUUAUACAUUGAAGAUUCUGGGCUUGCCAUGAUACAAUUUAAUACGGCCAGAAAAGGCUUAUUUGGUAGUAGCACACCACACAUCAACGGGGUGGAUGAAGAGCAGUAUUGUGUGUUCUCAAGGAAGCAACUGGAAGGCUGCCAAGUCGAGCUAGGAAACGCACAAUCAUUGAAAAGUAACGAGCCGGAAACUAGCCCUGAAGUUCCGUCCGAGCUGGUCUUGGGUGGUGUUGAAGAAACAUUCAAUAAGAUUUUCGAUUAUACAAAGACAACCGCCGUUAAUAAUUCACUCCGAGCUGCGCUAUCUGUGCCUGGUUCUGGAGGAGUCCUACUCACGGGAUCGCAUGGCUCAGGCAAAACGAGUAUAGUAGACCAAGUGAUUGACAAACUGAAGAAUGAUCGACAUGCUUUGACAUACUCUAUAGAAAUUAACUGUGCGGAUGUGGCUGAUGAGCGCGUUCCUGUCUUGAAAGAUCAACUGCAAAAAUGGUUUGACGAAGCAGCCUGGCACGCACCUUCUAUCCUGUUCUUUGACGACAUUGAUAGACUUAUACCUGCAGAAGUUGAGCAUGCAGACUCAUUCAGAGCCAAACAAUUGGCAGAAAUAUUUAUGCAUAUUACCAAAACAAUGACAAGCAGACACCCUAUUGUUAUUAUCGCAACAUCUCAGCAGCAACAAUCCAUCCAUCCUUCUCUUGUCACCAAUCACAUUUUCAAUCAAUUGUUUCAUCUGAAUCCCCCUGGUAGGGAUGAGCGCAAACAGAUUUUGCAUGCCAUUAUGUCUAGGGGGCCUGAGCGAUUGAGCAAGAGCUUGGUAGGAAUUGAUUUGGUUUCAGUUGCGACGGAGACUGAAGGAUAUUUGGCAGCGGAUCUCAAGGCUCUGAUUGAAAGAGCCGUUCACGAAGGAGCAGUUCGAAGUAUUAAGAAGCGUUUGAAUAACUCAAGUGACGAUGUUGACUCUGGCAUAGAUGUUGAAACUCCUCCCCAUCCCUUUACACUUACACAAGAAGAUUUCCAAACCGCCCAGGAAGGUUUUGUUCCGUCCUCUUUAAGAGGUGUCAAAUUGCAAAGCUCUGGAGUCAACUGGGCUGAUAUUGGUGGUUUGAAUGAAACAAGAAAAACGCUUUUGGAAACCUUGGAAUGGCCUACCAAAUACGCUUCCAUCUUUGCUAAUUGCCCGUUGAGAUUGCGCUCAGGUUUACUUCUCUUCGGAUAUCCUGGAUGUGGUAAAACCUUACUUGCAUCGGCCGUUGCCAAAGAAUGUGGCUUGAACUUUAUCAGUGUCAAGGGACCUGAACUCCUCAACAAGUAUAUUGGCGCUAGUGAAAAGUCUGUUCGUGAUCUAUUUGAAAGAGCUCAAGCAGCACGGCCGUGUGUUCUCUUUUUUGAUGAAUUCGACUCCAUUGCCCCAAGAAGAGGUCACGAUAGCACUGGUGUCACUGACCGAGUGGUUAACCAAAUGCUUACUCAAAUGGAUGGUGCCGAAGGAUUGGACGGUGUAUACGUACUAGCAGCCACAAGUAGACCUGAUCUAAUUGAUCCAGCUCUUUUACGUCCCGGUCGUCUCGACAAAGCAUUGCUUUGUGGCAUGCCAUCCAUAGAAGAAAGACUUGAAAUUCUUCAUGCUCUGGGCAGAAAAAUGACGCUGUCUGACAACGUCGAUCUGAACCAUUAUGCAGAGCUAACGGAAGGCUUGUCUGGGGCUGAUCUGCAAGCAUUCCUGUACAAUGCUCACUUGGAGUCUAUCCAUAGUGCCAUUGCCAUUGACUCGUUCGAACAACGCAGUAAAGGUUCCGAUGAGCCACAAGAAACCAAAAGUUCUUUCCUUAUGCUGGGCGGAAGCAAUGAGCUGGAAAAGAAGGCCCCGCUUACCCUUGCAGAGAGAGGGCAAAUAGAAUCCCGAUUGAAUAUGAUCAAGAAAGCAUAUUCGGGCAGUUCAUCCGCUGCCACUAACAAGAUCUCACGCCAACAAGUCGAGCAACUAGAGGAAAAAAGACACGCAGCCGUCAUCACUCUGGAGCACCUUAACAAGUCUCUUAAAAACACGCGACCUUCUAUUACCAUAGAUGAACAUAGACGUUUGAAGGCCAUUUAUGAUGAAUUUGUGACAGGUCGUACGGGAGAGCUGCCAUCAGGAGAGGCUGCAAAAGGCAUUGGGAAACGGACGACCUUGGGUUAG